CUUUCAUGGCAUGAGAAGGUUGGAAGCCAACAGAGAAGGGAAAGGGGAAGAGGAGGGGGGAACCUAAGAUGGAAACCAACAGUGGCAAUUAUUGUUUCGUGGCCAUUGCCGCUGGUGGCUUCCCCUUCCUAGCAGCAGCCAGCAGCUCUGGUGAAUUCCAACAGAGAUCGACUCCUCCCUCCUCGAUCUUGAUCUUUUUUCCGUGUGCAAGUUGUUAAAUUGGCACACGACUUCGGCUUUUGGAGGCAGGCAUAUACGGUCUACUGGUGCGGCGGGGCCGCCGCUUUUUCGGCCCUCUCUCCCCGGCCAUCCCAUUGGAGCGCGCAAAGCUGAGCGGCACCAUUUAAAGAAGCAAACUGCACUACCACCUCCACCACACCACCAAUUUCACACCACACGAACGCACACCUGGGGAUCAUACUGGACUGGAACUUGGCUUCUCCGGGGGUCUCCCUGCUGCAGCGCGAGGGCAGAUAGAUCGGAUUUGGGCUUAAAACAUAUUCUUGGGAGCUUCUAAAUCUGAAGUGAGUUGCUGUUAGUAGUCCAUACCUGGACGAAUUCUCGGAGCAGUAGGCACCAAACUUGUCCAGGUUGUGCUAAAAUGAAGAGCAGCCUGUAGCUAGUUUUGAAGUUGUUUCGGAGCUUGGAGUGCAUCCUUUGAGGCUGCAAGUACCAAAAUCUGCCCUCGAGUGUUUGCUGUGCAUGCAGAUGGCAUACGAUCCUAAUAUGAAUUUUGGGGCAUUUUCACAGUCACUCUGCAACCAGAAUGUGGUUUCAUUUCAGACAAGAACAACAGCUAGCGGGUCAGGAGGCACGCCAGUAUGCCUGGAUUGUUCCACUGGGAUGGACGCCAGUGUGGAGAUGUUGAGCACCACACCUUCAGUGGUUGUGCCCACUAGUUCAUCCAAUAUACCUGCUGAUUCCGGAAAGAACCUCAAAUAUGGAGGGCCGCUGGCUGCGGAUUGGACAUAUCCUGAACUUCAACUGCUGAAGGAUGGCAUGGAGAAAUAUGUAAAUGAACAAGGCAUCGUGAAGUAUAUAAAGAUUGCAGCUUCAUUACCAAACAAGACAGUAAGAGAUGUUGCGAUGAGGUGCCAGUGGGUAGGGAAAGUAAGUUCAAGACGACGGAAGCCUGAAGAAAACCAUAUUGGCAGAAAGAUAAAAGAAAGAAAGGAUAAAUUUGUAGAGCCUGCAGUGUGGGGUGCAAAUCAUCCUGUUCAGACAGACAUAAGAAACUCUUCAUUUAUGCCACAUAAUGUUCAAAACAAUCUGUUUCUAUCUGGAGCCUCUGAGAUAUAUCGUGCAGUGCAGCAUCUACUGGAAGAAAAUAAUCGGAUUCUUAAUCAAAUAGAAACAAAUAUUCUAACGUUUCAGGCUCAAAACAACAUUGAUCUAUUCCAUCGGGUAAGAGGGAACAUUAAUGAUCUUUUACAAAGCAUGAGUCAGAUGCCUGGAAUAAUGAGUACGAUGCCUCCACUUCACGUCUCAGUGAAUGAGAAUCUUGCUAACUUCGUGCUUCCUGGUCUUACAAUGGAACAAGUUCUUGGAAACAGCCAUUUCAAGGAGGAGCCAAGAGGAUGGUAGGUCACUGCCAACAGGUUUCAGUUAAGGCGAACUUUCGAACUUCAUCGGUAGAUGGAUGGAUUGCAUGGCGAAUUACUACUUCAUAUUGUACACCAAAUGGCGAUGAAUCGUCACCAAAGAUCCUGCUUUCUCUAUAUGAAAGCAAAAGGAGAGGUAACUGAAACCACUCUGCUG